CGACGUCACAUUGUACGUCCGUUGAAAACGGACGUCGCUAUAAAUUGAGGCUUUCACACCGAACCUUACCCACCAACCAACCAAUGGAGAAGAGAAAACGGGGAGACGACGGAGGAUCCAACGGCGGCAGGAAGGCGAAUCCGCGAGAUGACGGCGCCGUGAAGGGGCCCGUGCCGGCGGAUGAGGAGGUGGAGGAGUUCUUCGCGAUACUGAAGCGGAUACAGGUGGCCGUCAAGUAUUUUCAGGACCGCCGCUGCGCCGAGUCUGAGAUGAAUGCGGCGGCGCCGCCGCGGUGGAGCCCGACGUUUGAACGGGAGGAUUUUGACGGAGUGAGGAAGGAGGGUGAGAGGUCGCAGGGAAACCGAAGUGUGGGUUUGGAUCUGAAUUCGGAUCCGGGCUGCGAUGUUUCGGAUCGUGGUGAUUAAUGCAAUUUGUGAAGUUAAUUAACUGAUGCUGUUUGUUUGAUUUUUCUUUACUUGAAAAGUCAUAGAGAUAGAGUUUGUACGUAUUCUAAUUUUCUUCUAAUGGUAGCAGAAUAUUGAAAUUUUGGGAGCGGUAUCCAUCAUUAUGUUUUUAUUAUUAGAGGUUGAAUGAUUGUAAUUAAUUUUUAAGCAUAAUUUUAUUAGAUUUCAAAGUUCACAACUCAA